CUAGUAGUGAUUUUUAUAAACAGACAACCUAACGAUGCCCCCGGUACUUGCUAGCUACAUAGAAAUUGCACUGAAUAGUGAAUAUAAUGAUUGAUUUUUCUCAUCACGCAAAUACCUUAAAGUAAAGUACUCUCGUACUUGCAUCUCUAUCUUCUCUCUCAAAUUUCUUGCCACUUCAAAUAGUUCCCACAGGCACAGGUACCCCCACCCCUUCCCUUAAAUACCCACCUUUUCUACUAAGUUUUUAUAUCACUUGCAAAAAUCUUUAAAACCAGCUACUGAUUUCUAGAUGUCCAUAAAUCAUAUUUCUUUCGAAACAGUGUGGUGGACUAAGCAACAACAAUAUAUGAUGAUGGACUCCUCAUCCCCUUCUCAUGACAACACACUACCCCAAUUCUACCACCACCACCCACCCACCUCACCUGAAACUCAAACAACAACCAUGUUUGACUUCAACCUUAACAACAUGAGCAAUAACGAAGAGGACGAGGAACAAAUCACCGAAGAUAAAGACCAGAACAUUGAACAACGAGAAGAAGUAAUCCCAAAAGAACAUUUGUUCGAGAAACCACUAACACCAAGUGAUGUCGGAAAGCUUAACAGGCUUGUCAUCCCCAAACAACAUGCUGAGAAGUAUUUUCCCCUCAGCGGAAAUAACAACAAUAAUAAUGAGUCGGGUACCGAAAAGGGGUUGUUACUGGGUUUUGAGGACGAGUCGGGAAAAUCAUGGCGAUUUCGAUAUUCUUACUGGAACAGUAGCCAGAGUUAUGUUUUGACUAAAGGGUGGAGUCGUUUCGUGAAGGAAAAAAGACUUGACGCCGGUGAUAUUGUUUUGUUCGAGCGCCACCGGUUUGACGGUGACCGCUUAUUUAUUGGGUGGAGGAGGAGGAAUACCGCCGUCUCUGCCUCCGUGCAAGAGAGCAGUGCGCUGGUUGUUCCGCCAGGGAUGGUGGGAGGAGAUGCGUGGGCCCAGGUAUACUAUGGUGGGUCAGGUGGGCAUCCUUAUCCAGGGGCAGCUCUUCCAUACCAACCUGACUGUCUUCAUGCAG